CCACAGCAACACUCAGCAUGCUAUGCCAGGAUGACAAUCAAUUGAUAUAGUAGCUUUCUUCUACAUCAAAUCUAUUUACAUAUAUAAAUUUAUGUACGUAUAUGUUUAAAUAAAUAAACGUGUAUUUCGACGAUACAAAAUUUAUUCAAUUGAUUUACCGGCAUGGAAUCAACUGAAAACAACUACAGUGGUCAAUCCCAGAAGCAAAAUAAAUUUCAUCACUUAGAGAUAGUCGCAGAGCAUGAAAAGGAUUCGAAAGAUCAGUGCUAUAUGAGCGUUCAAAAGCCUGUUAGUCCCUCAGCUUUCCUCGAGAAGCGUUUACAAAGAAAGCCAAAAUUUUUCGAUUCUGGAGACUAUCAGAUGGCCAAACAAAAUGUCAACAGUUCGAAGAACUUAUUCGAGACCGUUGGGGUGAUCAUUCCAACUCCAGACACCGUUUCGGCACGUAAAUCUUAUCAUAUCGAGCCUAAAACUUCUUCCUGGAAGGACCCUAACAGCGAUAUUAGCAAAUCCAAAUAAGCCUAAUUCCUAAAUUAUACUAUAUGCCAGUAAUUAAGUUGAUUAUUAUGUUUUUGGAUCACAAAUGCUGCCUUACAAAAUAAACUUGUUUUUAUGUUAUUCAAUAAUAAUAUAUAAUAAAAUCGUAAUUUAUAAAAAUCAA